AUGGUAGACAAUCAAGCCAAGGACAUCGACAUUGAUCAUAUUAUUGACAAGCUUCUCGAAGUCAGAGGGUACUAUAUUCUCCACCUAACUCAUUCUUAAUUAGAUGCCGCCCAGGAAAGCAAGUCAACCUCACCGAGCAGGAAGUCAGAGGACUUUGUCUAAAAUCUAGAGACAUCUUUAUUAACUAGCCCAUACUUUUAGAGUGAUGUUCACGGACAAUAUUACGAUCUUUUGAGAUUAUUCGAAUAUGGAGGUUUCCCCCCUGAUGCUAACUAUCUCUUCCUAGGAGACUAUGUAGACAGAGGUAAAUAAUCUCUCGAGACUGUUUGCUUACUACUUGCAUACAAAAUUAAAUACCCUGAGAAUUUCUUCUUAUUGAGAGGAAAUCACGAGUGUGCCUCAAUCAACAGAAUCUAUGGUUUCUACGACGAAUGCAAGAGAAGGUACAAUAUCAAGCUUUGGAAGACUUUCACUGACUGCUUUAACUGCCUCCCAAUCGCUGCUAUUAUUGACGAGAAAAUUCUCUGCAUGCACGGAGGUCUCUCACCAGAACUCUCUUCUCUAGAGCAAAUCAAGAGAAUUAUGAGACCAACUGACGUCCCAGACACUGGUCUUCUUUGUGAUCUCCUUUGGUCAGAUCCCGACAAGGAUGUCCAGGGAUGGGGAGAGAAUGACCGUGGAGUAUCAUUCACUUUUGGUCAGGAAAUUGUAUCAGCUUUUAAUAAGAAACACGACAUCGACUUGAUCUGCAGAGCACAUCAGGUAGUAGAGGACGGUUACGAGUUCUUCGCCAAGAGACAACUUGUCACUUUGUUCAGUGCCCCCAACUACUGUGGUGAGUUCGAUAACGCAGGCGCUAUGAUGUCAGUGGAUGAUACCCUCAUGUGCAGUUUUCAGAUACUCAAACCUGCAGAAAAGAAGCAAAAGUUCACCUACGGCGGAAUGGGUGCUGGCAGACCAAUCACUCCUCCUAGAGCCAAAUACUGA